AUGGAGGAACUAGGUAUUGUGACAUCCGCUGAAAAGACYGUGGAAGAGAAGCCAACCAUCAAAUCGUAUGGAUCGUUGUUGGCUCAACUUAAUGGCACAGCCAAUAAUAACAGCGCCCUAUCUAAUGUGAAUUCUGAUAUAUAUUUUAAGUUGAAGAAACUAGAGAAGGAGUAUGAAUUGCUGACUUUGCAGGAAGACUAUAUUAAGGAUGAACAGCGCCACUUGAAACGUGAAUUGAAAAGAGCCCAAGAAGAGGUAAAGAGAAUUCAGUCCGUUCCUCUAGUUAUUGGGCAAUUUUUGGAACCUAUUGAUCAAAAUACAGGUAUCGUUUCCAGUACCACAGGAAUGAGUUAUGUCGUAAGAAUACUGUCCACUUUAGACCGUGAACUAUUAAAGCCUUCCAUGUCUGUGGCAUUACACCGUCAUUCAAACGCGUUGGUCGACAUUCUGCCUCCAGACUCAGAUUCCAGUAUAUCUGUUAUGGGUGAAAGUGAAAAACCAGAUGUCAGUUAUGCAGAUGUUGGUGGGUUAGAUAUGCAAAAGCAAGAAAUCAGAGAAGCUGUAGAACUGCCAUUAGUUCAAGCAGAUUUAUAUGAACAAAUCGGUAUUGACCCUCCAAGAGGUGUUCUAUUGUAUGGUCCACCAGGUACCGGUAAGACGAUGCUUGUUAAAGCCGUCGCCAAUAGUACAAAAGCUGCAUUCAUUAGGGUUAAUGGCUCCGAAUUCGUUCAUAAAUAUCUUGGUGAGGGUCCGAGAAUGGUUCGUGAUGUUUUUAGACUCGCCAGGGAGAAUGCCCCAUCCAUUAUAUUCAUAGAUGAAGUGGAUUCCAUUGCCACAAAACGUUUUGAUGCUCAAACCGGUUCUGAUCGUGAAGUACAGCGUAUUUUGAUUGAACUAUUGACACAAAUGGAUGGGUUCGACCAAUCCACAAACGUUAAAGUUAUCAUGGCCACAAACAGAGCAGACACACUAGAUCCAGCUUUGCUGAGACCAGGUAGAUUAGAUAGAAAGAUUGAAUUUCCCUCGCUUCGUGAUAGACGUGAACGUCGUUUAAUUUUCGGUACUAUUGCCAGUAAGAUGUCACUUGCCCCAGAAGCGGACCUAGACUCGCUAAUUAUUCGUAAUGACUCUCUAUCAGGUGCUGUCAUUGCAGCCAUCAUGCAAGAAGCUGGUUUGAGAGCCGUCAGGAAAAAUAGAUACGUCAUUCUACAAAGCGAUUUGGAAGAAGCUUACGCCACCCAAGUCAAGACUGAUAAUACCGUGGACAAGUUCGACUUCUACAAAUGA